AACCGCGUGCGCUGCGCGGCAUCGAUCUCGCUCCUCCUUCGCACUGCGCGCGCUAGGCCCAUAGCUCUGCCCUCUGCUCCCCUGGCCGUACGCAGGCGGCGCGCGCCCAACGAUAUAUAACACGAGCCGGCAAGGCCAAUCCAGCUAUCCAACACAGGCGAACCAGCAUUCGAGCGAGCGAGAGAUGGCGAAGAAGCAGGAGGCAUGGAGGAGGGGCGGCUUCGUGAGGCGAUACACCAGGUCUAGCGUGCCGAGGAUGAGGUGGACCGCCGAGCUCGAGAGCGGCUUCGUGCGAGCCGUCGAUCGCCUCGGCAGCCGCGACAGCGCCAAGGUGACUCCUAAGCGCAUUCUCGAGCUCAUGGAUGUCCAAGGGCUCACCAUAUCCCAUGUCAAGAGCCACCUUCAGAUGUACAGAUGCACACCGCAUGGCAAUAAAGGAAAGCAAGGUGGCGGAGGUGCCAAAAAUCCUUGUGCCUUCCUUCCUGCAGAGAUGCAGCCACAACUUGGUCUCAAGAAUCACCCGUUUGCCACCGACGAGCGAGGCUCCGAAGGACUCACAUUCCCACCCAUGAAAAGGGUGGACAGGUCCAAGGCAGGGGCAGAGACUGCAGCCUCAUGCAAGAGCAUGCAAGGAAACAGUGAUACGAGGGUGAUGAUUCCUGGCAACCGGCGCUGCAUCGAUGAUUACUUGCAACAGCAUGCAAUGUCGUCCGUGGGCAGGAUGAGGAACGUAAACGAGGGCCUCCGACGGCACAGCGCUGCUGCUGCUGCUGCAAGCCUCCAGGAAUUAGGAUCUUGGGUGCAAGGCCCAGAGGCCUCUAAGGAUAGCAAACCGGGAGCAGUCCGUCGUCUGAACCAUACGGCGAGACAGUUACCUUCCAUGGAGAGCUACGAGAGUACGUGCUUCCUGUUCAGCAGUGCAACGGGCGGAAACUGUGAGACGGCGGCUUACUUGGGGGCCAACGAAUGCUCGCCGUCGCCGUGGUUCGCCGUGAAAGAUGUGUCCCCCUGGCCCAGCGAGAGCAGCUGCGUGCUCUCGCGAUCGUCGAGGAGCUUCAGCGACUCCUCGGGGCCUCCGGGCUGCAGCUUUGCUGCGCAGGGAAUUAACCUGGAACUUUCCCUGUCGAUACCUGGAUUGUAGUUUAGGACAUUACGCAUGCUCUCUCUUUUUGUAGGCCGGUUUCAGCAUUGGGUUCUCCGUUCUCAUGUUUGUUUCAGCUGAUCGCUCGGUGUUGUUUUUGUUGGUAGUUCUCCAAGCAUGCCGCA